AUGCACAGGUGGCACCGGAUUGUGAUGGGCGCCGACUCGCGGGGCCACACGGCGCAGGCCCUGUGGUCGGCUUUCGCUCGCCGCACACUGUGGCCCGACUCGCGCUCCGGCGGACCCGACCUGUGGCGCCGCCUGCAGUGCUACCCGCGCUUCCGCGACCAAGGCGCCUCCGUCUUUCCCUCUGAGCGAUGCGAGGAGGUGUCUGUGUGUGCAGCCAAGGCGGCGUUCACCGAGUCUCUCCUGAACGACCCCGGCUUCGCCGAGGUCAGGGCCAGCAGUGCGACAUCGCUCAAUUCCAAGUGGGCCCUGUCCACGCACGGUCUCAAGGCGCGUCAGCUGCUCCGCGACUACGUCCACAGCUACACGCUCGUCGACACUCUCGUGGUGUGCCACGAUGAGAGUGGAGAUGCAUCUACGCCACAGAUCCUCGUUUACGACAUUGAUCUGCCGCACGAUGAGCUCGCCGAGGCUCAGGCCGAGCACCAGCGGCAGCGAGACGCUCGCCUUGCCGCUGACCCCAACAGCCAGCCCCCCGAAAACACCGCCGAGCGCGCCAAGCUGCUGCACUCCAUCGAGUUUAAUAACAAGGUUCGUGGCGAGCUUUUACCGAGUGGCGCCUAUCAAGAGGUUGAGACUCUACGCAUUGACGGCGAUCUGCUGGCGUUCCAGGCCAAGCGCUCAGACAAGCGUGCGACGGAAGUGUGGGACAUUCGCGAACCCUCCUCGGCGGCCCCAAUCUACCGCACGCGGGACGUGGAUCAGAUCUUCAACAAGAGAGAGUUGUGGACAAUCGAGAUGCUCGGGUCCACGAUCAACCCGGCCAUGUACGACCUGCGCAGUCCCGAUCCCGCGUGCACGGUCAACACCAUCACGGGGGAGAGCUUGUUCGUCAACGACCAGUUCGUCGCGUUGGGCCACUCCAGGUGGAGUCCCGACCCAAAUGUGGUGCAGGUCUUCGACCGACGAAACCUGGACACCCCCGUCGUGUCGCACGAGCAGCACACGUAUCUGGUGACCGACGUGGCAAUGACCAGCGACAACCGGAAGGUGGUCUCCUGCGCCUGGGACGGCCGGCUCCUCGUCACCGACGUGGCGUCGGGGGAGACCAAGUCGCUGAACCUGCACGCCAAGCUGGGCCAGAUGCAACUGAUCACCGACCGCGUGCUGGCUGUGGCCGACGUCAUGUGCGCCGUGUCGUUCGUCGAUCUCGACACGAUGGAGUUCCUGCGCGGCUACGAGGUGACGCCGAUGGGGUGCGGUAACAACUGCACGCUGGAGGUCAACGAGACCAAGCUGGCCGCGGGGAUGGCCAACGGGUCGAGCGGCUGCCUCGCCGUGUUCGACCUCGCCCUCGACACCGCACGCGACGAUGUGUGCAUGAUGUGA